AUGGGCUUAACUUUUAAUGUUACCCGUUUAUCACACAAGCCCAAACCACAGAAUAGCAGAAACAGAUUCUCUCUCUCACACACACAGUUGACAAAUGGUUGUGAUAUCUUCGUUUUAAGCUGUAAUCCUGAAGGGUUUCUGUCUGAUUCUUCCGAUCAUCUGGAAGCCAGCGUGAUCACUGCUCUUGUUGCUUCAAAUUACUCUGUAUUACCAUUUAUCUCCUGCCACCUGCUUUCCCUCCUUCUCUCCUUCUUAAAAUCGUCCUUAUUUCAUAAAGACAAAGACCACCGCCUUUGUUCUUCACACUUGAAACCGAACAGGCUCUCACCACCACCGCCCUAUACGUCGUCCUUACCACCACCACCACCUUAUACGCCGAAGCUCGCCACCACUACCCUGCUAGAGCAGUUCGCUGUUAACUACCGUCGGACACCUGUUUUGCCCUCUCCGUGUGGCCUACAUCUCCGGCGGCUAUCUCACUCUCACUCACAUCCAAAACCAAAAGAGAAUUUGUGA